AUGCCAUGCGUGCGUUCGUUUUCGAGAUCCGAGUCACCCUCGAUCGCUCUAGCAGAGCUAUCCACUUUUCUCCCUAACAUUCCUGUCCUACUUCCGAUGACAUCAAGCAGCGCUGCCCAGACCGACCGGAAAGACUCUCUCCGCCUCCCUCCGUGGCACCGACGGAGCAUAACUCUCCGUUUCCCAACCCCCAUCCGCCAUCCUCGGCACCAUCCCCGCCGUCCGUCGCUACAUACAAAGCCGCAGGCAACUUGA